AUGAGAGAUCUAUUGUCGAGCUUUUACGCUCUGGAUCCUUCAAUCUCGAAUACUACUUCUUCGAUCAGUACCUCCUUCGAUAACAUCAAUAGCACUUCCUUCGAUGCAGAUCAGUACAUGGAUCUCAUGAUUAAAAAGUCGAAUCUGGAAGUGCUUCUGCAAAGGCAUGUUCAGAUGGCCGCAGAGAUAAAAAAAAUCUCGACACAGACUUGCAAAUGCUAUGAAAAUUACAACAAGUUUAUCAGCGCAACAAAUACCAUCAAAAUUAAAGGGGAUCGAAAAUUCUCGUUUAUUGAUAUUAACUCGGAAACGGACUACAACGUAAAGAGAGUGAUGGGAAAAGAAUGCGGCUUGAGCUCGGAAGUUUAG